CUGCUAUGGUGGUAUUCGAUGGCAACCACGAGUUGGCUGGGAGUCACCUGGAAGACAAAAGGCUCGACGAGUCUGGGUCGACUAGUCGUGCAGGAGGUUCCUACGACGACAAACAGCAAUACCCAGCAAUCGAUCCUCUCACCGAGCCGGAGGCCCCCCCGCGAGACAUUAAUGGUUGGAAGUGGUACUCAACCCUGGCAGCUAUCCUGGCAUCAACAUUCCUAUAUGCGCUGGACGCGACGGUGGUGGCUGACCUCCAGCCGAUUAUCGUCCAGGAUCUCGGUGGUAUCACGAAGCUUUCAUGGCUCAGUGUUGCGUUCCUGUUGAGCGCGACGGCCACCAACUUGGCUUGGGGCCGUAUAUACGGUAACUUCAAUGCCAAGUGGUUCUAUAUCUUCCAUGUGAUUCUCUUUGAGGUCGGCUCUGCCAUUUGCGGAGCGGCUCCGUCCAUGAAUGUCAUGAUCCUGGGCCGCGCCAUUGCCGGUGUGGGGGGAUCAGGUCUGUAUGUCGGGUGUAUGACGCUCAUUGCUAUGACCACAACGAUCUCCGAGCGUCCAGUCUAUGUCUCAUGUACUGGCUUCUCUUGGGGUCUAGGGAUUGUCUUGGGCCCCGUAAUUGGCGGUGCCUUCAGCGAGUCUUCGGUGGGCUGGCGAUGGGCCUUCUAUAUCAACCUCUUUAUCGGGGCCGUCUGUGCCCCCUUCUACAUUUUCCUGAUCCCCAGCAAGGACCCUCGCCCUGGUGCCUCCAUCCGAGAACGUUCCUCUGAGCUUGAUUACCCAGGCAUCGUGCUUCAGUCCGGAGUUCUGACUGCAUUAAUCUUGGCCAUCAAUCUGGGCGGCGUCACCUACCCGUGGAGCUCUGGACGCAUCAUCGCGAUGUUCGUCGUGUCAGGAGUCUUGCUUAUUGCUCUGGGCAUUCAACAGGUUUGGACCAUCGGCGUGGCUUUGCCACGGCGUAUCAUUCCGGUGCAGUUCUUCCGAUCACGAACCGUUCUCAUCCUCUUCGCGGCUACUGCAGCUGGUGGCGCCUGUGCCUUUAUCCCAAUUUAUAUGGUGCCUCUGUUCUUCCAAUUCACGCGCGACGACGGACCCCUGGAUGCCGGUGUGCGGCUACUCCCGUUUGUGGUAGUCAUGGUGGUCUUUGUCUUUGCCAACGGCAACCUGAUGGCACGACUUGGCUACUACAUGCCUUGGUUCUUGGUAGGCGGGCUGCUGAUUGUAGCCGGGUCAGCUCUUAUGUACACGAUUGAUCAGAACACCUCCCAGAGUCGAGUGUACGGCUACAGUGUACUGCUGGGUGUCGGAGUUGGCAUGUUUCUGCAAGCUCCGAUUUCCGUCGUCCAGGCUGUUGUUUCGCCCGAAAAUAUCGCGCCAGCCAUCGGGUUCAUCACCUUGGCCCAGUUCAUCGGUAUUACCACCGCUCUGGCUAUUGGUAACGCCGUCCUCCUGAACAACAGCCUCGGCAAGAUUGAACACAUCCUGCCAGACGUACCCUCGGCCGAUAUUCAAGCUGCCAUUCUAGGUGCCCAAUCAGGCCUCGUUCAAAACCUAUCUUCAGCUCUCAAGGCUCGCGUGCUUGACGCCAUCGUCAGUGCUAUUGACGAUACAUACAUCCUGACCAUCGCCGGUGGUGGUCUUGUGGCCGUCUUGAGCCUGGGAAUGCGCCGCGAAAAGUUGUUCGGUGUACCAAGUGGUGUUGCUCCCGCGUGA